AUGUUUGGCACUGAUCAUGCGUCAUCCCCCCUCAUCAUCUGGCAGCUCUCUGCUUCUGAUGUUUUUGACGAGGUGGGCCAUGCCUGGGUGUGGUGGGAGUCUGAGACGGAGUCUCCCAGCGAGUCAGAGAAGAACAGUGACUUCCAGUCUCUUCUCAGCUGGGAUUCAAGCUUGGAUCUGGACAUGGGGGGCUGGAGGAAUACCGAAGAGGUGGCCUUGGAGAAGUUAGAGGAGAGCAGCCAAGAGGCAGACCACGAGCUGGAGUUCAGUGAGCCUCUCUGGGAGGAUGAUAGUGAAGACUACCAAAAGGCAGAGAGAACAUGUGAAGAUGACAGUUUUCUCCAGUUCUUCUCAGAGGACAAGACUCAAGAGAUACCUGGAGAACAAGCUUUAGGUGAGCCACAUCUGCAGAUGAGUAAUCAGGCCCAGAAUCAAGAGGAUAGUGAUAGCACCACUACAGCUCCUGUGCUGGACUCCACAAGCCCUGCCAACACACAGCUGGUGCAGCUGAGCUGGGAUAACCCCCUGCAGCAUUUGCUCUUCAAAAGAACUCUAUUGUCCAUCUGGAAGAUGAUAGCCAGUCACAGAUACAGUGGCCCGUUCCUGAAGGCCGUGUCAGACAAACAAGCCCCUGGAUACAGGGAUGUGGUAAAGAGACCCAUGGAUUUAACCAGCAUAAAGAGAAAACUGUCAAAGGGACACAUUCAGACCAUGGUCCAGUUCCAGCGUGACCUCAUGCUCAUGUUCCAGAAUGCGAUGAUGUACAACAGCUUCAACCACCACGUGCACCGCAUGGCCGUGGAGAUGCAGCAAGAGGUCUUGGAGCAGCUGCAGAUGUUGGCGGCCAAGCACAAGCAGAUCCGUCGCGGUGUGAAGGAGGUCCAGAAGUUCAUCAACAAAGGCGAGAAGGGGAUCACGGUGCUGGCCGGCGACACGCUGCCUAUCGAUGUGUACUGCCACAUCCCCAUCAUGUGCGAGGACAGGAGCCUCCCCUACGCAUACGUCCCUUCCAAAUCGGACCUGGGAGCCGCUGCCGGUUCCAAGCGCCCGACCUGCGUCAUCAUGAUCAAACCCCACGAGGAGUACCAGGAGACCUACGAUGAGUGCUUGGAGGAGGUGGGGGCGCUGCCCCUGCCGCUGUGA